AUGUGGUACUUUAUACUGUUUUUGUUUGGCCUUCCUGCUUAUAUAGAUGGCAACGUUAUAGAUGAAAUGAAAGAAAGGAUACAGCUCUGCUGUGAUCAUGGUACUGAGUUCGCCUAUAAUGGUACCGCAGAGGACUGUUCGUCUGUAAAGGUUCCCCCUGACCUUUUGAGCUUUGCUCAAGUAUGUAGAUAUGCAAGCGAACAGUGCUGCCAGGAGUACAAUAUG